AUGAAGAAUCAAGUAAUCCCCAUAUUUGAUGGAGAGAAGUACGACUUCUGGAGCAUCAAGAUGACAACCAUUCUCAAGACCAUGAAGUUAUGGUCUGUGGUUGAAGAAGGCGUAGCAUCCCCACCAGCACAAGUGGAAGAGACCCCUGAAACGGCAAGGGAAAGAUCGCUUAGAGAAGAUGCGAUGAUGAACGAUACAUUGGCGUUGCAAAUUUUGGAAACUACUGUAUCGGAUCAUAUCUUCUCACAGAUUGCAGCAGUAUCAACAUCCAAAGAGGCGUGGGAUGCAUUGAAGGAAGAAUAUGAAGGCUCUCCUCAAGUUCAUUUGAUUAAGCUUCAAACGUUGCGAAUGGAGUAUGAAAAUCUGAAGAUGUAUGAAAAUGAAGACAUUAAGGUCUUCACGGAUAAGAUAGUUGAAUUGGCUCAUGAAGCAAGGCUGGCUGCAAGAGAGGAAAGCACCAGUGAAGGAGCAUUCGAUGCUCGUGUUAAGCACGAAAAUUCUGGUGUUACAUCAGACAACUCAAAGCGCCGAGGAGGCAAAAAGUGGUGUGGUUACUGCAAGAAGAAUAAUCAUACCGAGAGCGAGUGUCGGAAGAAACAGAAGAAGGAUGACCCAAAGAAGGAUCACCAAAGUAACAAGGAGUGUUACAAUUGUGGCAAGUUAGGCCAUUUUGCAAAUCAGUGCUACUCAAAGAAGAAAGAGAAGGCACAUGUGAGUCUCGAAGAAGACUCGAAUGAAGAUCACAUGUUAUUCAGUGCAAGCGAAGCAGCAACAACAGUGAUGGAAGAUGUUUGGUUAGUAGACAGUGGAGCAACUAAUCAUAUGACAAAGGAGGAGAAUUAG